AUGAAUGCCCUUUGCCAUCAUCUGUGGAAGCAAACUGAGAUUGCCGCAGAACACUCAAAAAAUAAAUUGUGGUGUUGUGUCCCUGUGUCGUAUUUUCCAAACGCUGAUUUGCAAUAUUUCACGACAUUGAUAUUUUUUCUUCAUGUAAGAUUAUGUGAAGCGGAUAAAAAAGCAGCUCUCUUGAACUUGAUUCAAGAAUCAAUGGGAAAACACCGACUGACGAGUAGUCUUCAUGGAAAAAUACCUGGUCACAAAAAGUCCAAAAGCAAAUCGCUAUCAACUCAAGUAAUAGCCAAAGCCAAAACACAAUCGCAAGCCAGGACACAACGUGUCACAUUUGAAGAUGAGAAGUCACUUGACCCCCCACACCAGUCGAUACGAAACUCUAUUUCAGAGUAUUUCCACAAAAUUGGCUUAAAUGAUUUGUCGCGAGAGAAAAGUGGGAUCUCAUUGCUCAGGUUGGUGCAAUUGGAGCUCAACUUGCCGACACUUUCUAUUGCAAGGAAUCAAAAUGCCACUAAAGCAGAACGUGAACAUCACGACAACCAAUCGUAUGAGGAGUUGAUCAACAUGUUUAUCAUACCAUGGUAUUUGGAAAAGUUUAUGAUUUUUGGAUUAUUUGUUUGUAUCAAUUCAUUCCUUGCCCUUUUCACACUAGCUCCCAUCAAAAUCGUUCUCGUAAUGCUGCAAGUGAUCAUAUCCUACAUCAAGAACCCAAAACAAAACUUUGCUUAUCAAUUGAAUUCAAUAAAGAAAGAUGUUGUUACUUUAAGUUUGAUCGCUUUGGCGUUGUUUGUGUUGUUUUCUGGGAAAUUGGAUAUUUCUAAAAUGUAUCAUGAUGUAAGGGGACAAGCUGAUAUUAAAUUAUACGUCAUGUUUGGAGUGCUUGAGGUUGCUGAAAAGUUGUGUUCCUCUAUUGGACAGGAUAUCAUCAAUAUCCUAUUCCACAUUUCUCCCCUAGAUCAAAUGGGAAGGUUUAUUACUUUCUAUCUCAUAUCAGUGUUUUACUUGUCGUUUCAUGCGUACAUCUUGAUUUACCAGUGUGUUUCAUUGAAUGUGGCAGCCAAUUCUUACUCCAAUGCAUUGCUAACGUUACUACUUUCCAACCAAUUUGCAGAGUUGAAAAGCUCUGUUUUUAAAAAACUAGAUCGAGAAGGAUUGUUUCAAAUUACAAUGGCUGAUUUAUCAGAACGAUUCCAAUUGUCCCUAAUGUUGGCAAUUAUAGCGGUGAGAAAUUUGUUACAGUUAAAUUCAGCGCAUGGUCUAAUCCCUGAUAGCUGGAAAAAGUGGAAUAUUUGGUUGGGUGCCAUUUUCGGUCCCGGAGUGGUUGUAAUUGGAAGUGAAAUAUUUGUUGAUUGGUUAAAACAUUGCUUUAUUUCCAAGUUCAAUAAAAUCAAACCACGAGUGUAUCGCAAUUUCUUGUACGUUUCUUGUUUGGAUUUCAUGCAAGUAUUUCAAACGAGCUCGCAAAGUGAAUCAGGGAAAAGCCACGAGUUUACCGAUUUUAUUGUUUUGACUCGUCGUAUUGGAUUGCCAUUGUUGGCUUCGGCCGUUUGCUUCUUAAGAAUGACUAUAGGUGAUUUCAAACAAAUUUUUAUUAUCCAAUGUUCCACCAAUGUGCGUACCGUGUUGGCAAGCAUUGUGUUUUUCACGACAACAAUAUUCACCCUAUUAUUGAUCAGAAUCAUCUUGGUGUUGCUAAUCUUUAAAAUCGCCAGCAGGUUGGUUGAAUCCCAUAAAGCUCGUCAAAAACAGGUUGCAAAAAGAGUUAUACACCCAAGCCCGAUUCACACUCCCGUUGAAAAAACUCCCUCUCCAAGGCAAGCAUCAACCAACGCAUUUGACGAUUCUAGCUUUGUGUCUUCACCAAUAGAACUAUCAUAUCUUCCUGGCUCACCCAACACAGAGCCCUCUACUAUAAAUCCCACCACCCGAGCACAUUUGUAUGAUCUCGAUGAAAUUGUUCCAGAUACACCAGAAGAGAAACGAAAUAAACAAUUGUUGAAUGGGAGUCUACAAGAGCUGCCUUGGGGCGAAAAUGAUGAUGAAGGGUUGUCCAAAGUCAUGCGAUAUGAAAUGUCAAGUAAACGUAUAUGGUAG